CUCUGUGUUUAUGCGGCUCCUAAAGCGACAUUAAUCACAAUCAGAAUCAGGUUUAUUGGCCAAGUGUGUUGACACACACAAGGAAUUUGCUUCCAGCUGUUUGUGACUCUCUCUGAACUGACAUAAAUAACACUAUACUAAUGAAUUGUACAUGUGUUUAACGUUAGUGAUGGAGGUGGAAGCAGGAAGACCAUAUUUUUUUGGUGAUAUCGGCUUCUGGUCAGAAAGGACAGAGGUCCACAGGGCUGCGUAUCAAGGCCAGGUGUCCCAUCUGCAGAGUCUGAUCCAGAGUGGGGCUUCAGUGAAUAUCGUGGCUGUCGACUCCAUUACUCCUCUCCAUGAGGCAGCUAUCCGUGGACAGGUGCAGUGUGUGAGGCUGCUGCUGGAUGCCGGCGCACAGGUAGAUGCGAGGACCGUGGAUGGCAGCACUCCUCUGUGUGAGGCCUGUUCUGCUGGGAGCUCUGAAUGCGUGCGGCUUCUCCUAGAGUACGGGGCAAAUGUCAACACCGCCCUUACCUCUCGCACCACCUCCCCACUACACGAGGCAUGCAUAGGAGGAAACGCAGAAUGUGUAAAGCUUGUAAUAGCAAACGGUGCCAGUUUGGAAACCUAUGAUCUGUACAACGGCACUCCUCUUCAUGUAGCCUGCGCUAACCAGUACUUGGAGUGUGUCAAGGUGCUACUUAAUGCAGGAGCAAAUGUAAACGCAGUCCGCCUUCACGAGACGGCGCUUCACCACGCAGCAAAGGCCAACAACGCAGAAAUAAUCAAGCUUCUAGUGGAGUUCGGGGCAAACAUCUACGCCAAAGACAGAUAUGAGAGGAAACCUGUGGACUACACCAGGCAUGAUACACCAGCUGCUCUCUGUCUGCAGCUUUAUGAGAGUUGUCCUCUGACUCUACAGCAGCUGAGUCGUAUCACACUGAGGCGUGUCCUGGGCACCAGAGCGCUUCAGGCUGUCACCAAACUGAACCUUCCCAAUUUCAUCAUCUGCUACCUUUCAUACCUGUGAGAUCCACACACACACACACACUCAGGGCUGAUGCGACUCAGAGCGCCUUCGACAAGGUUCUAUUUCUUACCUGAGCACCUUUCCUUAUACUUAUUAUCUGAAUAUUAUUUGUAAAAAGGUUCUUGAAGCACUUGAACACUCAAAGCUUAUAGCACAUCUUAGUCUUGGAAUGAACAGUCCAACUGCACAAUUAACACAUUAAAGCGCAGCACUUAAGACAUCCUCGAAGCUGUUUAGUAAUGAAAGCCAGAGGACUGAGAGAUAUGUUAUUGCUCCAGCUGCCUGCACUCAGGAACUUUCUCUGAAUGUGAUCCGUGACACUCAGAAGUGGCAGUACAUUAGUUCCCUUGACUACAGCCGAGUACCUCGAACAACACUCGACCAGUCUGAAGCGGAUUCUGGUGGCUUUGUUUGAAACCCUUUCCAAACGGGAGUCCACAGUCCUGACAACGUGCUGUGUUUAGCACGUUCAUGAUGCGUUCAGAGUGAGAGAUUGCAGGCCCACUCAGUGCCACAGCCCUAUUUUAGCAAUUUCCACAUUCUUUCCAUAUCACAAUUUAGCAUUCUGGUAUAUUGUAGUCUUUCUCUUAGCAUUACUACAAUAACACUGGGGAAGCAAAAUAGCAACUAACCAGCUGAAAAAAAAUCCUGAGAAAAACAGGAACUUUAGAUCAGGAAGUUCAUUCAUUCAUUCAUUUUCUACCGCUUAUCCGAACUACCUUGGGUCACGGGGAGCCUGUGCCUAUGUCAGGCGUCAUCGGGCAUCAAGGCAGGAUACACCCUGGACGGAGUGCCAACCCAUCGCAGGGCACACACACACUCUCAUUCACUCACGCAAUCACACACUACGGACAAUUUUCCAGAGAUGUCAAUCAACCUACCAUGCAUGUUUUUGGACCGGGGGAGGAAACCGGAGUACCCGGAGGAAACCCCCGAGGCACAGGGAGAACAUGCAAACUCCACACACACAAGGCGGAGGUGGGAAUCGAACCCCCAACCCUGGAGGUGUGAGGCGAACGUGCUAACCACUAAGCCACCGUGCCCCCCGAUCAAGGAGGUUUUUAGGUUUUAAGGUUUUAUUUGAAAUAUAUAUAGGAAAAAAAACUGUAAGGUUUUGUCACCCUGUUUAAUAUUUUAUAUUUGAGAUACUCUACAGAAUAAAUAAACCUGCAUCUAUUUUAGCAUCUAGUUUAAAGCUGCUGUAACAUAAACAAUAAAGAGGAACUAACAUUUAGCUAUCAAUGGAUUAAAUAGUAUGUAUGUUAAUCAGUAAUUAAUUAGUAAUUCGCUAUAGUUUAAGGGGUAUAAAACACUUCAGGAUAUGGUGUUUCUGGAAAAUAAUCAACGUCAGCGUGGUAAAUAUGCUGCACAAAAUAUCAUUAGACAAAAACCCUCGAACUAACUAGCGCUCGGUUUAUUGCUGUACUAUAUUCAUUCAUUCAUUUUAUUUUCUGGAUUUUUACUGCAUUUUACAACAUUAGCUUGUAAGAAAAUGAAACGAUGAGGGCGAAUGAAGGAGCUGUUUAUUCCAGCGUAGCAGUAACAAAUUACAUGAAGUACUUCUGGUUCAUCAGCAUCAAGAAGCGUGCAGGACAAAUCCUUCUCAAACAUUUUAUACCAUUUUUCCUCUUUAUAGUUUAAAUUGGGUUUUGCUUUAACUGUAAAUUGAUUCAUUUAGUUUGCCUUAUAAUAUUUAUGCCUUUCUGGGAAUGAGCUCUUUCUGAUGUAUGUCUUGGAGUGGAAUCUGUGUUCAUACAAUUUUACAAGCUCAUAACUGAAACUGAAUCAUCUGCUCUAAUCUAUUGCCAUCCAAACUGUUGCCUGUGACCCAAGGGACAGUGAAUGAAAAAUAGAUUAGAAUUUUUUUUUUCUGAAAACGUGUGUUGAUGUGCCAUUACAAACCAUUACGUAUCAUUACUGACCAUGAUUAAAGGAGCGUUCAGAGAGAAAUACGUAUCUCUGUUUCAUCCGCCAGGGUGGAGCAAAAAUUAGGUAAUUAUAUCGUAGAGAGCUACCGUGUCACGAUUUAACGCUAGCUCUAUAAAUUGUUUGUUUUUCCUUUUUGCAGUCAUAAACAUGAAGCGUUAACUAUUAUGAAAAAUACUCUGUGG